AUGGAUAUAAGAUUGUUUGAUGCUGCUCAGACUGGAAAUAUUGACAGCUUGCACCAAUUGCUACGAGAAAAUGCCCUCCUCUUUGAUCAAAUUGCACUUUUUUCUUCUGAAAACCCCUUGCACAUAGCUUACACCGCUGGGCACUUUGAUUUUGUUAAGAAGGUUAUCAAUUUGAAACCUGAUUUCGCCAAAGAGGUUAACAAAGAUGGUUUUAGCCUCAUGCACAUGGCUGCUUUCAGCGGGCACCUGGAGAUUGUGAGUGAGCUGAUGAAAGUUGAUCCCUCUCUUUGCCGACUCCAGGGAACUCGUGACAUGAAAACUCCCUUUCAUUUUGCAGCCAUUAAAGGGAGGGUAAAUGUAAUAAAUGAAAUGCUUUCAGGUUGUGCUGAGUGUAUUGAAGAUGUGACUCUUCAAAGAGAGACUGCUUUUCACCUUGCUGUUAAGUGCAGCAAGGUUGAAGCAGUUAGUGUCUUAGUGCAUUGGAUUAGUGAGCUGAAGAAGGAAGAUGUGCUUAAUGUAAAAGAUAAGCAGGGGAAUACGGUUCUGCACCUAGCAACCUGGAGAAAACAACGAAAGGUCAUAGAAUUAUUGCUUGACAACGAAAGGCUUACUUCUGGCUUGUUGGAUGUAAAUGCUGCCAAUCAAAGCAAUCUUUCUGCCCUUGAUAUGCUGUUGUUGUUCCCAAGUGAAGCUGGCGAUAGAGAAAUCAUGGACAUCCUUAGCGGUGCUGGAGCUUUAAGGGCAAGGGAUGUAAACCUCUCUCCAAGGGCCUCCUUGGACUCUCGAACCCUCUCAGAGACUAAUCACUUACAACCACAAGAGUUGGUGGAGUACUUCAAGUUUAAGAAGGGCCGAGAUUCACCAAGUGAAGCUCGCGGCACACUCUUAAUUAUAGCUACUUUGGUGGCAGCUGCAACCUUCCAAGUUGCACUCAAUCCUCCAGGUGGGAUCUGGCAAGAUAAUUAUUUCCCAAACCAAAAUGAUAGUCAUAGCGCCACCAUCAGUGGGAAACAUCUUGCAGGUUGGUCUAUUUUGGGCACUUCUGGUGGAGUUUCAUUUUCUGUCUUUGCGAUUUUCAACUCAAUAGGGUUCUCGGUCUCUCUUUACAUGAUCAAAGUCCUCACCAGAAAAUUCCCCUUGGAGUUCGAGCUUGGAAUGUGUAUGUUGGCCAUGUUUUUCUCAUACAACACUGCAAUGAUAAAUAUUUCACCAGACGACGUGAGGCUGGUGGUCAUUAUUAGCACUGUAAUCUUAACUUCAAUUACACCACUUUUGAGCAAGAGGACACAAAGACUGAUAGGGUGGAUUAUAGAAUUUACAGUCGACAAAAUCCACAGGAUCAUUUGA